CGCAUCCAACACCCUACUUACUGUAUCUCCCACUUGUCCCAUCAUGUCUCGUCCUCAAGGUCAUAGAAAGUCACAGUCUACCUCAGCCUUGAACGUCCUAGCUAGCUCUAGCUCGAAGCAUGACUUAUCAUCACAGAGUCGACCGUCGAGGCAUCGAGUACGCCCCUCGGGUCUGCCAGCAGUCCCAGAAUCAAAUGGGGCGUCUGCUCACAUGUCACAGCUCCCCGGCUUGACAGACCGCCGGUAUUCUCGAGCAGAAACAGAAGUGGGAAACAAGCCUCAGAUUCUUAAGAACUCUGAGCAGUCGGUGGUCAGAAUGGAGGAUGUGCGAGGUUGGCUCAAUGACGUUCGAUCUUUGAGAAGUUCAGAAAGAAGACGAUUAUCUGCAUUAAAGCACCUUGAAAAGACUUUGGUGGCCAGCUGUGCAGACGAGGGGAAGAGACCUUCAUUGGAAGAUUUGGUCGGCGCUCAUAUUCACGAUCCCCUUUUGGCCCUGAUGAGUCGUCACGCUGAAGCUCUUGCCAUUCGGGCGAAUAGCACUCAUUCGUCUCUUUCUCCAGGCGAUGAACUCGGGGCACUGCUGGUGCCGGAGUUAUCCAUCAUCGUUGUCAUACUGCAAGGCUUAUGCUUGCUGAGCCGAAAGGCAAAGCUUGCUGUGGCUGAGAGUUGGGUACUCGAGAUAACAAUCGAUUUAUCACUCUUACUACGAGCCCAAAUCCCCAAGGACAACGAACGACCCAUAGUCUAUAACAUCCUGGAACUGCUUUGUUGUGUGCUGGUCGAUUCACCGACAAAUGCCAGAGAGUUCGAGAGAUUGAGUGGGCUUGAGGCGGUAGUCAGGGUUCUGAAGGGUACAGGCGUGGCUAAGGAUGUCCGUAUGAAGUGUAUCGAAUUCCUAUAUUUCUACCUCCUUCCCGAGCAAAAUUCCCCUCAACGAGCGACGUCCACUGGAUCCACUUCCUCAUCCUCGUCAGCCGAGUCCACUCUCUUCCCUCCAUCCCCUCUCUCCUCCACCGAAUCCGACAGCUCAGCCCGCAUGGUAUCUCCUUCUCCGGCAGCGCACGUGAUUCCCUCAGAUAACCUAGCCGCCAAAAUCCAUUACCCCGAUAUAGACAUUCCUUUCGUCCCUAUGACACCUCGCAAACCACCUCAGCCCAAUCUCGGUUACCUCACACCAUCCACAACUAGACGCGUAUCCGGCUCUACCACUCCCAGUCUGCCCACAGUGCCUGCCUCCCCCCGAGUACCUGCCAGUCCCUCUACCAAACGCCUGUCCUCACUCGCCGAAACCAGUCCAGAUACGACAAUCGUCGCUUCAUCCAGAAAGUCGCAGCCGGCGAGGGAUUGGAGACGAUCUUCAACGGCAGACAACAUGGAUGCAGGUCUAGGCUUUGGUCUGCCGUCAGGGCAGGGUGGAAUGAAGCGAAGCGCCACCGCCAUUCGGCUUGCCUCACAUGCACCUUCGUUCACCGAUCCCUUUGCAUCAUCCACACCUACCUCAUCAUCGUCCACCACGCCUACCCCCUCUGCGGCACCGACGCCCAUCACCAGAUCGACCACACAACCCUCUCUGGUAGUUUCAGACUCUGAAGCAAAACCGUCUCAUCGCCGUCCCAGCUCCAUACAUCGUGGUACGAGAGAACCACCGCAAUCUACCACACCGACGAUCACAGUCCCGGAAACUCCUCAACCACGAACGCCAAAGAUUCGAUACUCUCGGACUCAAUCACACAUGUCAUCACUUGCCGCUCAUGCGGAAGAGGCCCCACCCUUACCAGCACCUACUCCAUCUCGUGGCCUGGCCCCUCCUCCAAAUCCCUCGGCUUUAACCCGAUCGCCUUCUUCGAAACCUCAUCGGGCUUUUCCCGCUGAACUCACUCGCGGUCUACCACCAUCAACUUCAUCUCCCGCUUUGACGCCUCUGGGUAUGACCAAACGUGUAUCCUCAGGGGGUCGACCGUCACUCUCAGUAGAUAAGGUGGAGAAAAAUUUGCCUCAUGAGAAGAACAAGGGCCCAGGUGUGAAGUCUGUUGAAGAAAAGAAGAAACUUCUGGGUAUGUGGUUGGGAAACGUGGAUCAGCUGGUGCAAGGUGUAGAGAAAGUCAGUUUCUGGGGCUCUGUCGGAGGAAAGAAGGGAUGAGUAGCGAGUGGGCCAAACAAUAUGUUUGAGAGGUACGCUACGGUUUCUUGACAUGUACCCCACAUUCUCAU